AUGGCGGAUCCACAAAAACAGCUCCAGAUCCUCAGUGAUGAGUACCAGAAACUCGAAACAGAACUCCAAGAGAUUGUACAAGCCCGUGAGAAAUUAGAGGCACAGCAACAGGAGAACAAAAGUGUGCAGAAUGAAUUCAAGUCCCUCGAAACCGACGCGAAUAUUUACAAACUGGUUGGUCCGAUUCUUCUUAAGCAAGAUAAAGGUGACGCCAUGAUGGCUGUAGAUGGGCGUCUAGAUUUUAUCGAAAAGGAGAUAACUCGGAUCGAAAAGCAAAUACAUGAUAUCCAAGAAAAGAGUGAGAAGAAUAAGAUAGAGAUUAUCCAACUACAAACGCAGGUACAGCAGCAGCAACAGCAACAGCAACAAGUAGGCGCAGCUACCGCCUAA